GGUAAGAAAGCGUCGCCACUGCCUCCGCCACUGUACACCUUUACUUUCUCGUAGACUUUUGCACCUUCCCUUUUUUUUUUACUUCUGGCUGCAGCAAAACGGCCCCGACCGGAUUAUGUGUCAUCAGAGUAGCGCGCGACGCGCCACACCUGUUCCUACUCAGCUUAUACAAAGGACCGAGCUGCGACUAGCAAAUAGAAAUAUAUGAAUUGCAUUUUGAAUGCUUCCAACGCAAAUGCUAUUUGAACCAAAGAGCCAACUUCGAUCUUUCAUAAGAUGACUGUAGAGCUUAUGCAAAGGAAGAGCAAAAGAAAAAGAAAAAGAUUUUGUAAACUGUCACUUGUACUACCAAAAUGUUACAAGCUGUCAGGUUGCUGACAGAGAUGGUAAGGACCUCAGAUGACAGGUCUCGGGAAGAUGGCUCGGAUCCACAAGCUUCUACUUCCACUGCUGAAGCACCAGUGGUAUUCCGCGAGAUUCACAAGAACGGAUGGUUACGUCGCACAGACGCUGGUAAACCAGACGGUGCACGUUACUGGGUAGCUUUUUGCGUUCAUGACGACGCGGAUCCACGUCUGGAAGGCUUUCCAGAUCAAAAACAAGCGACCAGUCACAAUCCAGUCUGGUCGCAAUCGUUGCGCACGACAUUGCAUUUGUCACCAACAUUGUGCGCUACGUCGAAAAACGAUUACGAAUUUUGCGUUAAUUUCAACGACGAUCAGAUACUCAGAUUGGCUGCACCUACGUAUCAAACGAUGCUCGACUGGGUACAAGUGGUUACGAGAAAGUUGACGGAUAUGAGGAUUGUCAGACCCAAAGAGAAUUUAUACUCGAGAGGGCCUGAAAGAAUUGCUACGAGAGAUCCUACAAGUCCAUUACCACCUCCACCUCUUAGUCUAGGAUCACGUUUACCACAGUCAUCAUCACCCUCAACGUUGAGUACACCAAAUGUAUUCACAUUCGACGACAUACCAGCUGAGGAGCGCAGGCCGCCCUCCAGACAGCCUUCCCAUCGGUCUACAAGUCAUCCACCAGCUAGUCCAAGAUUUCCCAGCGCUUCAACUAGUAAUGGUGAUACUGGUAAUUCGAGUUACGAGAGUGUCUUUCUCGCGCAAAGCGGCGAAAGCGCUAGGAAUAAUAAUUCAAAUGCUGGCAGUUCAAGCGACGAAGGCGAACAAUACGCAGCACUAAUCGAGUAUCGUACAUCAUCGGACAACGCACCAGAAAAUGCAAGUUCGACUACGAAUGUUAAUGCGAAUUUGACAUCAACCGUGUCACCACCUCCUACGGUAGCAACUAGUCAGAGCCGUCGGCCAGCAGGCCAGCAGUUGACUCUACGAGAACAGCAGGUAUUACAAUUACGCAAGGAGAUGAGCCAUCCUGCCGGGGUUAGACUUAAACUUGGCAGAAGAGAUUGCAAAGAUGGUAUUGCAUUCGUUGACUGUUUCGGUGCGGUUUGGAUUGCAGGGUGGAAGCACAAGGAGCAUCCAUUGUUAUAUAAUGUGCUGCAUAUCGGUGAUUUAGUAUUAAGUGUAGGAGGAGUCCAACUUACUGGAGCUAGUUCAGUCAAAGAGAUACUGAAGAAUUAUACAUUCCCUCGAAUAGAAAUGAUAGUCAGACGACUGCCGCACGGCCGCGUCACAACGUUGAACCGUCGCAUGGAAUCAGAAGAUUUCGGUUUAGAGGUAAACUCGGCGAACGAGGUGACCUCGGUAUCACCGUCCGCCCAAGCGCUUGGACUUUCAAGUAUCGCUAAUCCAGCAGAUCCAUCUGCGGACGUCGGUACUACCGUCACAUGGACACUAACCGAAGUGAACAAUCGACCGUUAAGUCUUUACGAAAGUAGUGCACGAGAACGCAUGAAUGCACUCGGUAGAGAUGUGUCGGUGGUAUUGCAACCUUCGGAUCUUGUCAAUGCGAUGAGAAAAAAAUUACGCACCGUCCGGGGCUACAAGAGCUUCGUUUUGCAGUGAUUAUGACGAUUUUGCGUGUACGUGUGUAUGGCAGGAAUGACUGAUUUAUCAACGUGAGAUUGGGGUGUGUUUCCUUAAUUAGACAAUUACUUAUCCUGUACUGUGCAUCGACACCAAAAAUUAUAUUCCUUCAUCAAAGUCAAGUCAGACAGUGAGAAGAAUUUUAUAAGUGAGAGCUCCUACAUGUGAUAAAUAUUAAUGUA